CGGUGCUCAUUCAGCAGCCAGCGUCGCCGAGGAGCGGACAUGGCCUCCUAGCAGUUCAUUCUCGCCGUCCAAGAAGUCGUCUCAGCCGUGCGCAGCAUUCACCUCGCUAGGAGUUUUUCAGUGCGCCAUGUAUCAGUGACUGUUUGAAAGUGUGUUUUGAAAUCUUUGAACUUUAAUUGCGGAUUCUUGCCCUGCACUCUGCGCAACGCAACUCUCUUCUGAGCCGGGGACAUUCACUUGUCAGAAGGAAUAAUUAGUUAGACACAAUUCAUAUUAAUAUGAUUCUGCGGAAAGACUUCCUCCUGUUCUCCGCGGCAUUGUUGGCCAUCAGCUCUGUGCGCUGUCAGGAAGCUGAUUCAAAAACGUAUGAUGAAAACGAUUGGAUUCCGAUCGCGCCUAAGCGCGCUCAAUCGCAACCUGUCAUCGACGUCGAAAAGAAAGCGACCGGCCGAGUGCUAAAUUUAGCAGACCCGCCGGCGAACAGUUUCUUUCCCGAAGAAACCAAGCCGCCGAAGAACAACAACUUCCAGCAGUAUUUACGCGAAACCACAACGUACCAAAAACGUCCGGUGGAAUUAACGCCGCAGAAUCUUCCGGUGCGUGUGAAGCAACCACCUCCACAUCAGCACCCGUAUAAAUUUGAGUCCAGCCAAGCGGGGCGUCUUCAAGGACGUCCACCGAAACCACAGAAAGAGUUUUAUAUUCCUCAGCAGACACCGCAGCAAGCACAAUUCGUGCAGUAUUACCAACCGAAUGAUUAUCAUACCAUUCCGGAGGAGUUUCUGAAUCAAAGACCACAGGCCCUGCCACAACAACAGUAUUUUUCACAGAAUUUUGAAAUUCCUGAUUUGCCACCGAUAAGGUUGAAUGCCACGUCUUCCAGGUUUGAAAAAAGACCGAAACCUGUUCAACCUGUGGAGAUCCCUGGUAAAAAUGAAGAAAGGGAUAAUGUUCAGUUGUUGUAUGUGCCUUUGGAGACCCUAGCUGCACAACAGGUUAAUAAUAGACCACAACAGGAUCAUCCAAGGUUACAUGCUUACCAACAAGCUCCUAUUGCGGAUAUACCUCCACAGUUUAUCAAUUACAGACCUGUUGUUCCUCAUAAACAACAACAACUUCAGAAUAUUCAGAGUGAUUUUGCUAAACAGGCUCUUGAAGCUCAUAAACUACAACUUCAGUUCCAGCAACAACCACAACCUGAACAGGAGUAUGUUUUACCUGUUGAAGUUGCAACAGAACCUAGUACAACAACAAAGAAACCUGCUUCCAAGAAGAGGAAAGCUCAUCAACCUCCUUUAGCUGUUUACAUGGGUGGUUCUUCUUCUUCAGAUGUCAAUGAAGUAUUAGCUCUAUUGAAAGAUGCUAGUUCUAUUGAUGUACAAGAUAGUAUAGGACCCAAUUCUCCUAAGAUCUUUGUGGGACCUUCAACCUUGGAAGCACCUAGAGGUUACACCAAGUUUGAACUUCCAUAUUUAUCCAGUUUGGAUAGUAAUCGAGUGGAACGUAAAAUUGAUCAAUACCCAUUCUUCGUUGCUCCCUUGAGUUACAAAGCACGCGGGUAUUCUAAGAUACCACUUCCUUCUCCUCAUGUGGGUUCUGUUGUUAUUAAGGAGAAGGAGACUAGGAAACCUGCUAUUCAACAACCACAACAGAUUCCGCAAUCUCAGGUUCAACCACAACCUCAACCUGAGGUUUAUCAACAGUUUAGUUUACAAGAUCAACAACAAUUUGAAUAUCAACAGAGGCCUACUCCUGUGGUGUCUUCUACACCUAGGUAUAGUAAACCCAUACCUGAGGAACAUGUGAUUAAACAACAUGAGAUUGAUCAGAUAAAUUCAUUCAUUCCUCAGUAUAAUGAAAAUUUACGUCUUCCUGAAACAAGUCACAGGUUCCAAGAAACCGCACAGCGUGGACAACAUGUACAACAGGAACAAGACAUACAACAUGUCCCUGAAAAGUAUCAGCUUGAGUCUUUUAGCAGACCACAAACAACUCCUACGAGACAUUCAACGGUGAGGUUCAGCUCUACUCCUCAACCACAAUUGACAGAGGAUCAAUUUAUUGAUGAGAUUCUACAACAACAACAUAAACCUUCCUCUGUCCCUGUUAGGCAUGAAGAAUAUAUUCGUCCUUCUUCAGUUGUAUCUAAUCAGAAUGAACAGUAUUUACAUGAAGUGACUAGACCACAAUUGAGUCAAGUGAGUCAGGAGUAUACUCAAAGUCAAGAAGAUGAAAACCAAUACUCCACUGGAUCAACCCAUGGUCAUUCAUCAACCAGAUCAAGGACAACACCUGCUCCUGCAGUGGAACAAUACCAAGAGGAGAUUACCAAAGCCCCAACAAGGAUACGUACAAGACCAACACAAAGUCAAACUCAUGUCAGGGAAUCUUACGAUGCCCCUACAAGAACCACUCAUUCCAGAAGCCGUCCCACAACAACCCCAGCUCCUGCUGUUACAGAAGAUCAAUAUUUAAAGGAAACUGUAAUAGAAUCCCGUCCCAAAGUGAGACCCACAACAGAAAAACCUAAAUAUUCUAUUCAGGAGAAGUUUUCUAUUGGAAGGUCAACAACACCUAGUCCCUUGCAUUACACACCUGUUGCUCCUGAAUAUGAAGAAGAGGUACAACCUCACAGACCAAUUAUUUAUAAAUACAAACAAAGCGAGGAGAUCCAACCUGAAUACCAACAACCUGUGUAUCACGUGAGCACUCCUAAACCCAGAAUCAACCAACAUCAAUUGAACCAAGAAGCUUUGGAUUCCAAGGUGUUAACUCAUGAAACCAGUGGGAACUUUGUAACUGGUCCUGGUCAACAAAUCUAUCAAUUCCAACCUGAAGAAUAUGAAGAACAACAUGAACAGGUGAAGACCCAGAAUGCCAAUGUUGAGAAUUAUAACAUUGGGCAGUCUCCUCAACCACAUGGUCAAUUACCCAAUUUGAUCAAUAACCUUGAAGAUCAAUCUGUACGUCAAUUACUACAACCUGGUCUAAUCCCUACUUCCCCUAAGACAGGUGAGGUGGAACGAUAUGAAGUUAGCAGUCAUGACCCAAUUUCCUCUACAACCCAAGCUCCAUCAUCUCAUUACCCUUCAACCCAUUUACCCCAUGUUGAAACAACAACUCCCAGGAAGGUUGUAACACGUGGACGUGUCCGUGGUAGUAGAUUCUCAACCACAACCCCAAGCACUCCGGUUUCCAGCACACGUAGAGCCCCUGUCACCAGAGGUCGUAGACCACUCCCAAGUAGAACUCGUUACCAAGACGAAUCUGAGCAAACGACUGAAAAUACUCUAGUCAGAAGCACCACUGACCCAACCAAGAAAAUCGUAACUGCACGUUCCAGAUUCCGUACACGAGGACGCCCUGUACCCGAAACAACAGAUAGGGUUAGUUCCGCUUAUGAACAAGAGGUGACCCCAUCACAUAUUCAAAGCAAUCAUGUACCUUCUGUUCAGAUUAUUGAACCACAGGUUACUCAGAGAGUGAGUGCAGAAUACAUUAACUACAGACCUGUGUAUAAUGUACCUGCUGAUCAGGAGUUGGUAUUGAUCAAUAACAGGAAGGUUACUAAACCAGCUACUGAACCUGUGGUCAUUCAUCAGAUUAAUCAGCUUCCGAUUAAGAAUCUGGAAGAAGAGAAUACAGAAAACACUAGUUCCAGGAAUAGAGGUAGAAGACCCACAACAACAGCUAUACCCCAGGUUGAAACCUCGAGGAAAUACGAAACUGAUAGUAAUAAAGAUAGUAGCAGUGAUGAGUUUUAUGGGUUCUUCAGGGAUCCUAGUUUCAAGAAACCUGCAGAGGUUUCCUCAACCCCUACUCCUACAGAAGCAUCAAGACCCUUGUAUUCUUCAACUUAUGUGAGCAGUACCCUGAAACCCCAUCUCAGAGAGGAGGAUGUGCAACCACAGGUACGUUACCACUCCAGCACGGAGAACGUUCAAUUCGUUGGUGAAAUCCGUCCCAAGUAUCAAACCACUGCUCAGUACUUCGAAGCUAGUCAGCCUAGUAUUUCCACAGAACGUUUCUAUCAAACCACUCAAAAGGAAGCAGUUGAGGAGGAGAAACCACGUGUGAGACCACGUGUACGUCUCCCAAUCAGGACCAGAGUAACUCCAGCACCUGCAAGUGAAGAUAACCGUAGGGGUAAUACUAAUAAUGAUGAAACCAAAAGUGUAACACAAAGGGGAAGAACCCGCGGGAAGACCCAUUACAGAAUGCCCCAGAAACCUAAACGUCCAGCUUCAGAAUCUUCAGAGGAUGAAGAUGUCGAAGGUGGAAACUACCCCGCACAGUUUAAGAAUUUCCAUACAACUGCAAGACCAUCGUUUCAGAUUACAGUAGACCCGCAAGAUGAUCAGGAGGGUUUCCAGUCUAUUUAUAGACCUACGUAUGUUGCAAAGGACAACAGUAAAGAUGAUGGUGUAAAAGAUGGUCAUCUUGUUGAAAACUACCAAAUGCCUAACUUUAUCCCUCUGAUGAAAGGAAGUGAAGAUAUCCCACUUGCUUUACCUUCCAUUGCCACCGCACCUGAAGUAAACCAUGUUAUUCAGGAAGAACAACAAAAAAUGAGAACCAACAUAGAAGUAGACAGAAUUGUAGAAGAAAUGAAUAAUGAAUAUGAUGACUACAACAACCCAGACCAAACAGAAAAAUCAUCUCCUACUAUAAUAGCAGUGGAAGAAGAUUUUGAUGAGAGUGUAACAACAGUUAUCCCUGAAACAACCACCCAGAAAAGAAGACGAGGUGUUUGGAAACUAGUAAGACGACCAACAGAUGUCCUUGAAGGUGCUGAAUCCCAGAACGCUGCUAGUAAUAAAAAUUUAUUCAGUUCUGAAGAGAAAGAACAACCUGCAAAGAUCCAACCCAUCCAAGUGGAAUACACAACUUUACCGAUGACAACACUUCCCGAAAAUGAAGUGACAACUCCCACACCAGUUACAACCACUACAGAAGGAGGAUUCUUUGAUUCCCUGUAUAAUAUGUUUGGAAUCCCUGAAGAAAAGACCAAAAUUCAAGUAGAAGAAGAUGUUGAUGAAGUGGAUACAACCACAGUUGGUAAAACCAUCGUCCCUGAAUCAACCUUUGCUCCGGAGACAAGUGAACCUGAAACCCAACCUCCUCCCACUACCCCCACCACUACUACCACCACCACAACAACUGAAAGACCUGUCCCUGAAGUAGAAACAACCACACCUUUGACCUCAAUGACCUACAUCACUCCUAUGAGUCUGGAGACUUGGAAUAAAGGUAUUCUGAAGACCUCAACUUCAACUGAGAUUUCUCAUGAGACAGAAAUCUGCUACAAGGGUAAAUGCAUCAAGUCCAAGGACAUGAAAGUGCCGCUGUAAAGACUUACGACACUCUGGUGUUGUGUGUUGUGUAUGUGUUGAUGUGUGCGUACAAACAAUAUGUGGAAGGAUGGGAUGUGAAGUGUGUGCGCGUGUUUUGAGUUAAUUCUUAAUAUUCUAGCAAAUCGAGCAAAUUAUCAUUAAUUAUGUGUAUGUGUAGUUAAAGCGCAAUUUCCUCUAAGGCCAUUUUUUAAUUAUUAACAUAACACGAUACUUGUUAUUAUCUUGUACGACUAAUUACUACUUAUGAAAAUUAUUUAUUAUUUAACGUUAAUUGAACGUCCAGCUCCAAGUGUAAGUACUUAUGUAAACUUCCAAAUAAAAACCUAGAACUU